UCAUUCUCAAUCCCAAACUCACACAGUCGCUCCACGCACGCCUCAAAGUAUUACCUGCGCUGUCUGCCAGGGACCUCCACAGGUAGCCAGGCAGUCAGGCAGCUGUGCGCCACCGGCUGGAGUCUCAUUCAUCCACUCUGCCCAUGGAGGUCUCCUCUUCCUCUGGCUGCUGACAGAGUCUUGACCAGACAGACAACUGAGGGAUUUCUGCCAGAUAGAAACACACCACCGCUUUGCACAUUCACUGUCAUAAAGAUGUUUCCUUGGUCGGCUGUCUUCUCCCUCGAGCCCAAAGUGCCGGGUCAGCGGAGCACAGAGGAGCUGGUGACCAACACUCUGAUGCUGGAGCUGGGCGCCAUGGUGAAGCGGACCGAGCGCAUCCAUUUGGAGAGGGCCACCGAGGGCCGGCGCCGGCGCCGCAGCUCCUCCUCCACGGCGGACUACAGCUGGCUGGCACACGCCCCGACCCCUCAGCCCUACCAGCUGACCCCCAACGACCUGCUGGAGCUGCAGGACCUCUGUGCCAAGGUGCCCCCUGCACAGUGCGGCCCUGCCAUCGUUAGGUUUAGGAGGCUGGUGUCCCAGAUGGAGCCUGAGGUCCACGAGGUUCCCCGGCUGUUUCGCACAGUGCUACGCGACUGCGUGGACGAGGUCAGCGGCAACGACGAGGUCCAGCCGCCGAGCGCGUUUUACGAGAAGCAGCAGCGCAGCAAGAGCCUCUCCUUCGUUACGUUCCGCACAAAGUUUCGCACCGGGCAGAUGUUCAAGGGGAGCGGCUUGAGGGGCUCCAGGGGGAACCUGCAGCAGCAAGUGGAUUGGUCCGACGAUGAGGACGAUGGAGAGGGCGAAGAAGAAGCCAUAAGGGCCAGAGCGAGGAAGGGGAGGAGCAAGAGCAUGCCAGAGAUCACCCCAUUGGAGCAGAGCGCUCAGGGGUGAGACCAGGGGAGGAAGAAGUCACUUCGAGGAGUGAGGAAGGAAAAAUUAGAGUAAAUUAUGAAACGAAGACAACAAGACUCACUUUUCUCAAAAGAGACGACGACAAUGAUGACGACAGCGGAAGCAUUUGACAAUUUUAUAACUGUUUCAUUCCAGUAAACUUUAGAAACUCAGAAGCAUUAUUGUUCUGGUUGAAGGCUUUACUCUGUACUGAUGGUUGAGUUCCAACCAGUCUUUGACCACGCAGCAGAUCUUUGAGACAGAGUGAGCAGGAAUUAUUUAUUCUUCAAAAAAUGGUUUAUUGACCAUUCCAAACUCAACUUAGGUAACUGCAAUGCCACAAUUUUGCACACUGACCAAUGACGACACUGUGACAGAUCAGCACAUCAUCUCCAGCAGGCAUCCCGAUCCAAACCAAACUCUUAAUUUUGCAACCAGCUGAAACAACAACAUCAUCUGCUGACAAAUUCAAAAACUCAAGCACUCCUCAGACGUGGUGUAAGAGACAUCUAAUGAACUGUCCCUUUAAAGCAUGUCAUGCAACGAGAGGGUGGGGGUGAGCACACUCAGCUCAGGCUGCUUGUCUGCUGACUCAGCAGAUUCUGUCACUUUGUGAAAGCUCUCCUGUCAACAGAGCUACUGCAACUCAACCUGAAUUAUAUCUGAUGUUUUAACUUAUUUUUUUUAUUCUGAAUGUGCAUGCAUGUAUUUGGAGAAAUAUAAAGUGUUUUCAUGUAAACAGUGUGAUUAAAAUGCUGUUUUCUCUA